AAUUAACACCUAUAAGCGUAGUUUUUAUUUCAAAACUCAAGUGAAGGAAUGUGAUGAUGUGGGACUCUCCCUACACGGAUUGGAUUUGGUCCCAUUUGAUAAAAUUUUGCAAAGAGAAAUUAGUGAGAUUGAUUUAGUUGGUAUGUUAACAGUCGCUAUUAUUGUUAUGUACUUUUAAUUAAUCUUCUUCCAUUGAUUUUUUUUUGGGGGGGGGGGGGAUUUAGAUAAUAUCAUUACUUAAUUUACUAAAUAAAAAACCAUAACGACAUAUGUGAUUGCGGAAGUGACCAAAUUAAAAAGGGAGAUCCCAUUGAUAUGUACGUCCAAAGACACUACACCAAACAACAAGUUACCUCUCGUGUUACAAGACUUGAAGACAAGUUCGCUAAGCAGAUGAUGCGUAUUACAGGAGAAAACAUUGAAGGACCCAUUGCCAUUGUUUUGCAGUUUGCACAGGUCAAACUUUGGCGAGGAAAGAGGACUGCUGAUAAGUGGGAAUGUCGCACCCCCAAGAGAACAAGAAUUUCCAGAUGGGACGAAGGAGACCUUGCUUUAAGGGAGGCACACCCCCUUUGUCAUCAUCAAGACAUCCUCAUCACCCAAAUCUUCACCAAGCUGGACUGGGAGGGGCAGGCUGCUGUGCAGAUGGUGUGCAAGCAGUGGCGUAGGUGGGCCAAGUUGCGGUACCGCCUCCCAUACCACUACCCUCAAGGAUUUUUUUUAAAGUGUUUUAUUGUUGUUUUGUUUGCCAUGGAAUGUUAAAUACUCUGUUUUUUGAGAGCCUCAACGGCUAUAUUUUUGUAAAAAGCUAACUGAAAUGAAUUUCCCUUUAUUUAAUUAUUGGUAAAUGGUAAAUGUAACUGUUUUUUUGUCGUUUAGUGCCUUUUAUUUAGUUUCCUUUUAAUUUAAUUGAAUUUUAACGGCCGUUAGUGACGGAAAACAAAAAGCAGCGUUUUCCAUCCAUUUUGAGGGACCUAAAUGCUCCUUUUGAAACU